AUGCUGGUGCCAAGCUGUCAGAUGAUGCAUAUAGCCAGGCCAAUAGUAGUGCUCCUGUGCUUCCUACUUUGUGCAGAUGCUGAAACACCACCAAAGUUUGCAAGAACACCUGUUGACCAGACAGGGGUCUCUGGAGGAGUCGCCUCAUUCAUCUGCCAAGCUACGGGAGACCCAAGGCCUAAAAUUGUCUGGAACAAGAAGGGCAAAAAAGUCAGCAAUCAGAGAUUUGAGGUAAUAGAGUUUGAUGAUGGGUCUGGAUCAGUCCUCAGAAUACAACCAUUACGAACUCCGCGAGAUGAAGCUAUUUAUGAAUGUGUUGCAUCCAACAGUGUUGGAGAAAUAAGUGUGUCCACAAGACUUACUGUCUUGCGUGAGGAUCAAAUUCCACGUGGUUUUCCCACCAUUGAUAUGGGACCACAGUUAAAGGUGGUUGAGCGCACUCGAACAGCCACUAUGUUAUGUGCAGCCAGCGGCAAUCCUGAUCCAGAAAUAACCUGGUUCAAAGAUUUUUUACCUGUAGAUACAAGCAACAACAAUGGACGCAUUAAGCAAUUACGAUCAGGUGCUCUCCAAAUCGAAUUGAGUGAAGAAUCUGACCAAGGCAAAUAUGAGUGUGUUGCAACCAACAGUGCGGGUACUCGCUAUUCUGCCCCUGCCAAUCUUUAUGUCAGAGUUCGCCGGGUCCCACCAAGAUUCUCAAUCCCACCCACCAACCAUGAAAUUAUGCCUGGAGGAAGUGUUAACAUUACCUGUGUUGCUGUGGGGUCACCAAUGCCAUAUGUAAAAUGGAUGCUGGGAGCUGAAGAUCUGACACCAGAAGAUGAUAUGCCAAUUGGAAGGAAUGUCCUAGAGCUCAAUGAUGUUAGGCAGUCUGCUAAUUAUACUUGUGUGGCCAUGUCCACUCUUGGUGUUAUAGAAGCAAUAGCACAGAUAACUGUAAAAGCAUUGCCCAAACCUCCAGGAACUCCUGUUGUGACCGAAAGCACAGCAACAAGCAUUACUUUGACCUGGGAUUCUGGAAAUCCUGAGCCAGUGUCUUACUACAUAAUCCAGCAUAAACCUAAGAAUUCUGAGGAACUAUAUAAAGAAAUUGAUGGAGUAGCCACAACAAGAUACAGUGUUGCUGGCUUAAGCCCAUAUUCCGAAUAUGAGUUCAGAGUGGUUGCUGUGAAUAACAUAGGAAGGGGUCCACCCAGUGAACCUGUGGCAACACGGACCUCAGAGCAAGCACCAUCUAGUGCACCACGUAAUGUACAAGCUCGUAUGUUGAGCUCAACCACCAUUUUAGUGCAGUGGGAAGAACCUGAGGAACCAAAUGGUCAAAUACAAGGCUACAGAGUGUAUUAUACUAUGGAUCCUUCCCAACAUGUCAACAGCUGGUUAAAGCAUAAUGUAGCUGACAGCCAUAUCACCACCAUUGGGAAUCUUGUACCACAGAAAACUUAUUCAGUGAAAGUACUUGCUUUUACCUCAGUUGGAGAUGGACCACUUUCCAGUGAUAUACAAGUCAUCACUCAGACUGGAGUCCCAGGACAACCACUAAACUUCAAAGCUGAACCUGAAUCUGAAACAAGCAUAUUACUUUCUUGGACCCCUCCACGAUCUGAUACAAUUUCCAAUUACGAUCUUGUUUACAAGGAUGGAGAACACAGUGAAGAGCAGAGAAUUUCUAUUGAUCCAGCAACAUCUUAUCACUUGCAAGGCCUAAAACCAAAUAGCUUAUACUACUUUCGUUUGGCUGCACGAUCUCCACAAGGUCUUGGUGCAUCAACAACAGAAAUUUCAGCGAGAACAAUGCAGUCAAAGCCAUCAGCUCCUCCUCAAGACAUUAGUUGCAACAGCCCCAGCUCCACUAGUAUUUUGGUAAGUUGGCAACCUCCUCCAGUGGAAAAACAGAAUGGAAUUAUCACUUCCUAUUCCAUCAAGUACACUGGAACUGAUGGAGAAGAUGACAAGACCCAUGAAAUUUUGGGAAUUACUCCGGAUACUACACAGUACCUUUUGGAACAGUUGGAAAAAUGGACUGAAUAUCGCAUUUCUGUGGCAGCCCACACUGAUGUCGGACCUGGCCCAGAGAGUGAAUCUGUAUUUAUUCGGACAGAUGAAGAUGUUCCUAGUGGUCCUCCUCGAAAAGUCGAGGUUGAGGCUGUCAACUCUACAUCUGUUAAAGUGUCAUGGCGUUCUCCAGUGCCCAAUAAGCAGCAUGGCCAAAUCCGAGGCUACCAGGUGCAUUAUGUGAAGAUGGAAAAUGGAGAGCCUAGGGGCCAACCUAUGCUGAAGGAUAUCAUGUUGGCUGAUGCACAGGAGAUGAUCAUAGCUGGAUUACAGCCAGAGACAACCUAUUCCCUGACUGUGACAGCCUAUACAACCAAAGGAGAUGGAGCACGGAGCAAACCUAGAUUAGUAUCUACUACUGGUGCAGUUCCAGGAAAACCUCGGCUUGUAAUUAGCCACACACAAAUGGGUACAGCUCUAAUUCAGUGGCACCCACCUGUCGAUACAUAUGGCCCCCUGCAAGGGUACCGCCUGAGGUUUGGCCGCAAAGACAUGGAUGCCUUUACGACACGGGAUUUUACUGAUAAAGAUGACCACUACACGGCUACUGAUAUUCAUAAAGGGACUUCUUACAUCUUCAGGCUUUCAGCUAGAAAUAAAGUGGGCUUUGGGGAAGAAGUGGUAAAAGAAAUUUUGAUUCCAGAAGAUCUACCAAGUGGAUUUCCUCAAAAUCUACAUUCAGAAAGUGCCACCUCAACCUCUGUCCAACUAACUUGGCAACCGCUCAUUUUAUCCGAGAGAAAUGGUAUUAUCACCAAAUACACUCUACAGUACAGAGAUAUCAAUGUGGCACAUCAACAAACAGAGAUUCCUGUUACUCCUGUUGAUACUAUUAUGACACUUUCAGGCUUAAAACCAGAUACCACAUAUGAUGUAAAAAUACGUGCACAUACAAGCAAAGGGCCCGGUCCAUAUAGUCCCAGUAUCCAGUUUAGGACAUUACCUGUGGAUCAAGUGUUUGCAAAAAAUUUUCAUGUCAAAGCAGUAAUGAAAACAUCAGUUCUUCUUUCCUGGGAUAUACCAGAGAAUUACAAUUCUGCCCUGCCUUUCAAAAUUCUUUAUGAUGAUGGGAAAAUGGCAGUUGAAGUGGAUGGCCGAGCCACGCAGAAGUUGAUCACCAAUCUGAAGCCUGAGACAUCCUAUUCAUUUGUGCUAACCAAUAGAGGGAACAGUGCUGGAGGUCUGCAACACAGGGUAACAGCAAAGACAGCCCCAGAUGUACUACGAGCCCAACCAGUUUUCAUUGAUAAGACCAAUCUAGAUGGAAUGAUAACAGUGAAACUACCAGAAGUACCAGCAAACAAAACUAUAAAAGGUUACUAUAUAGUAAUUGUACCUUUGAUAAAGAAAUCAGAUGGAAAAUUCAUGAAACCACGCGAGAACCCAGAUGAAAUGGAAUUAGAUGAGCUACUGAAAGAGAUAGCACGAAAACGCAGAAGCAUUCGUUUGGGGAGAGAAGCAGAUUUAAAGCCAUAUAUUGCAGCACACUUUGAUGUUCUUCCUACUGAGUUCACCCUGGGGGAUAAGAAACAGUAUGGUGGUUUUGAGAACAAGCAGCUCCAAAACGGCCAAGAAUACGUUGUCUUUAUUUUAGCUGUGAUGGAACACUCAGAAUCAACCAUGUUUGCAACCAGCCCAUAUUCUGACACAGUUGUAUCAGUGGAUCUUAAUCCCCAGCCAAUUACAGAAGAGGAAGAGGGUUUGAUCUGGGUUGUAGGACCAGUCCUUGCAGUUGUAUUUAUCAUCUGUAUUGUAAUAGCUAUUCUACUUUAUAAAAGGAAAAGGGCAGACACAGACUCUAGAAAGAACAGUAUCCCUAACAGCAAAGAAAUUCCUUCACAUCAUCCCACAGAUCCAGUGGAGCUAAGACGCCUAAAUUUUCAAACUCCAGGUAUGGCUAGCCAUCCACCAAUACCUAUUUUGGAACUUGCAGAUCACAUUGAAAGACUGAAGGCAAAUGACAACCUGAAAUUUUCCCAAGAAUAUGAGUCAAUUGACCCAGGUCAACAAUUUACAUGGGAACACUCUAACCUGGAAGUAAAUAAACCAAAGAACAGAUAUGCAAAUGUCAUUGCUUAUGACCAUUCUCGAGUUCUCCUAUCAGCAAUAGAAGGCAUACCUGGCAGUGAUUAUAUAAAUGCUAACUAUAUAGAUGGUUACAGAAAGCAGAACGCUUACAUUGCAACCCAAGGAGCUCUUCCUGAGACCUUUGGAGAUUUCUGGAGAAUGAUGUGGGAACAAAGGAGUGCAACUGUUGUCAUGAUGACCAAAUUAGAGGAAAGAUCUAGGGUUAAAUGUGAUCAGUAUUGGCCAAGCAGAGGAACAGAAACAUACGGAUUGAUUCAAGUCACAUUGCUGGACACCGUAGAAUUGGCAACAUAUUGUGUUAGAACAUUUGCCCUUUAUAAGAAUGGAUCGAGCGAGAAGAGAGAAGUUAGACAAUUCCAGUUCACCGCGUGGCCAGAUCAUGGCGUUCCAGAACAUCCAACACCAUUCCUAGCUUUCUUACGUCGAGUUAAAACUUGUAAUCCUCCUGAUGCUGGACCAAUGGUCGUUCACUGCAGUGCUGGAGUUGGCAGGACCGGCUGUUUCAUUGUAAUAGAUGCCAUGCUAGAGAGAAUAAAACAUGAAAAAACUGUAGAUAUUUAUGGCCAUGUAACUCUAAUGAGAGCCCAGAGAAAUUACAUGGUUCAAACAGAGGACCAAUACAUUUUUAUCCAUGAUGCACUGCUUGAAGCAGUGACUUGUGGAAAUACCGAAGUGCCAGCCAGAAACCUGUAUGCAUAUAUUCAGAAGCUGACACAGAUAGAAGCAGGAGAGAAUGUCACAGGAAUGGAAUUGGAAUUUAAGCGGCUAGCCAGCUCUAAAGCUCAUACUUCAAGAUUUAUCAGUGCCAAUCUUCCAUGUAAUAAAUUUAAAAAUCGCCUUGUUAAUAUUAUGCCAUAUGAAUCCACAAGGAUAUGUUUGCAACCUAUCAGAGGAGUAGAGGGCUCUGACUAUAUCAAUGCCAGUUUUAUCGAUGGAUACAGGCAGCAAAAAGCCUAUGUAGCUACACAGGGACCCUUGGCAGAAACAACAGAAGAUUUCUGGAGAAUGCUUUGGGAGCACAAUUCAACCAUUGUAGUCAUGCUUACUAAGCUACGAGAAAUGGGCAGGGAAAAGUGCCACCAGUAUUGGCCAGCAGAGCGCUCAGCCAGGUAUCAAUAUUUUGUGGUCGAUCCUAUGGCAGAAUAUAAUAUGCCACAAUACAUCCUAAGAGAAUUCAAGGUCACAGAUGCCCGGGAUGGCCAGUCCCGAACAGUGAGGCAAUUCCAGUUCACUGACUGGCCUGAACAAGGAGUGCCAAAAUCGGGAGAAGGGUUUAUAGACUUCAUUGGUCAAGUUCAUAAAACAAAAGAGCAGUUUGGACAAGACGGGCCAAUUUCGGUUCACUGUAGUGCGGGUGUUGGAAGAACUGGUGUGUUCAUAACCCUAAGCAUUGUGUUGGAACGAAUGAGAUAUGAAGGUGUUGUAGAUAUUUUCCAGACUGUCAAAAUGUUAAGGACGCAGCGGCCAGCCAUGGUACAAACAGAGGAUCAGUAUCAGUUCUGCUAUCGAGCUGCACUAGAAUAUCUGGGCAGCUUUGAUCACUAUGCAACGUAAAAACAAAUGGAGAAACGCUGACCCACCCUGGAUUGUUUUAACUACAGGCCCUUUAAGAUCCAGAGAGCCUCUUCUGAGCCAUACAGUGUGCUUGAGAAGUACUUAACUUUAAAUUAAAGACCAAUUAGUG